AUGGACGCCUCCAAGUACAAGGACGUUGCCGUCCGACGCGGGUACACGUACCACUACUACUACUCCCGCGCCACCGCGGGCAAGCCGACGCUCCUCUUCGUCCACGGCUUCCCGUCCACCUCCUUCGACUGGUCGCGCCAGGUCGCCCACUUCGCCCCGCUCGGCUACGGCGUCCUCGUCCCGGACUGCCUCGGCUUCGGGGGAACAUCCAAGCCGACGGACUUGACCGAGUUCCGCCACAAGCUCAUCGCGGACGACCUCGUCGACCUCGUCGACGCAGAGGGCCUCGACGACGUCGUCGCGAUCGGACACGACUGGGGAUCCGCGCUCGUGUCGGCGCUGGCGCAGCACUACCAGGACCGCUUCCGGGCGUUCGCGUGGCUCGCGGCCGGGUACUUCGAGCCAAAGACGCAGGCGGUCGACCCCGACGUGAUGUUCCACUUCUAUGGCUACUGGGAGCUCAUGAACGCACCGCACGGGCCCAAGCUCAUCGAAGAUAAGAUGGACAGUUUCCUCCAGCUGAACUAUUCGGUGGAUCCCGGGCUCUGGAAAGACCAUCUCUUGCCCCGCGGUGCGUUUGCCAAGUGGCUCGAGGCGGACCGUCGGCCGGGACGUCCGGAGUGGUUGUCUGAGGAGGAUUACAACCACGCUCGAAACGAUCUCUUGGAGGGCGGUAUAACGUCCCCCGUGAACUACUACAAAAUCAUGAUCAACAAAGGCAACUUGGCCGAUCACCAGGCCCUCCCUGAGGCGAAUUGGCAUGUCAAGAAGCCGGGCCUCUUCAUCGCGACGAAGCGCGACUCCGUGUGUAUCCCGGACCUUGGCAAGGCGAGUCUCGCCAAGUACGCGCCCCACGCUGAGGUCAUCGAGCUCGACGCCGGGCACUGGGUGCAGCUGGAGGCGACCAAAGAGGUGAACGAGGGGCUGGAGAAGUGGUUGCUCAACCUGCCGUCUGCCUCGGCACAGAAGCUGUGA